AUGAGCCUGCUGGUUCAGGUGGUAAGGUGUCACACUCCAUUAUGCUCGACCGAGUUGGGUGAGAAGAAGAUUAUGGGUCCAGAUUUGGUUUCUGAGGCAGAGGAUAAGGUCAGAUUGAUUCGAGAUUAUCUUAAGGCAACUUCUGACAGACAAAAGUCUUAUGUGGAUCUAAAGAGAAAAGAUAUAGAGUUUUUUGUGGGGGAUUGGGUUUUCCUUAAGGUAUCUCCGUGGAGAAAGGUCCUUAGAUUUGGUCAUAAAGGCAAACGGUAUCAAUCUGAACCACUUCACAUUGUGCCUGUUGAGAAGAUUGAGGUAAGCAUGGAUUUGACUUCCGAAGAAGAAUCGAUACAGAUUCUGGACCGAGAGGUUAAGGUCUUGAGAAAAAAGACUAUUUCGUUAGUUAAGGUUCUGUGGCAGAAUUAUGGCACAGAGGAAGCCACAUGGGAGCCAGAGGACUCGAUUUGA